AACAACGGGUUGACUUCAGCUAGCCAGUAUUAUCAUACAGUUUGGUACACAUAUCAGAUGUCCCAAUUCUUUCCUCCUUAAUAUUUACUUGAGCACACGAGCAGGUUGCAUUGAAGGCCACCCCUUUUUUUCUUUUAAACAAUUGAUUGCUCCAAUGAGCCACCUUUGGUUUAGUUGUCGCUGAGCAUGACAAACUGGAGCGUUCGACUUCAGACAUGGAGCUACCUGCGUCUCACUGCCAAGCAAACGGCAGCGGCUGUUUCGACAAGAACUGCUCGUCUCUCACGGUGGACGACGUCUACGAGAUUGCCAAAGUGAUCGGGGUCGAGCUGGAGAAGCUCAUCGACGGCUACGGCAAGGAGAGCGUGCUGGGCCUGGUGCCGAGGGUGGUGAAAGUGCUGGAGCUUCUGGAGAGCUUCACGGCCAGGAAUCACGCACACAAACACAGGGAAGAAGAGCUGCUGCGGACCUUCGAGAGCUUAAAGAUGCAGCAAAAGAAAUGGGCGGCCAAGGACAACGACGAAGUCAACGAAAAUCACGAAACCAGGGAGCAGCAACAGCAGCAGCAGAAGGAGCAAGAAUGGAGGAGCAAGUGUGAGGAACUGCAAGUUCAAAUCCAGCAGCUCCAGGAGGACAACGGGGAGCUCCAUAGCAGGCUAAAAGGCAACCAUGCGCAGGAUGAUCGCAUCCAGCGGCAGGAGCGAGAAGUGAUGCUGAAGCUGAAACAGGUGGUGGACAAGCAGAGAGAUGAGCUCAGGUCCAAAGUCCAAGAGAUCACCACCAUCUCCAAGGAGGUGGAGGCGCUCCAGGAGCAGUUGGAACGCUUCAUGAAAAUGAACGCGGAGCUGCGACAUAAGCAGAACGUGCUGCAGGCCCAGCUCAAGAGCACGGUGGAGAGAAAGGCCGACAUGGAGGCCGACCUGAAAGAGAAAGUCAAAGUGAUCGAAAAGCUGCAAGCACAGAUGGACAGAAACCACAGCAACAGUCACUCCAGUCCAAGUCAGGUGAAUAUGAAGACAGAGCCUUCAGAUGCCCAUAAGAAUCCUGACCAGCCUUGCUUCACCAAGAAGGAGGUGCGGGAUAUCAUUUUCGAGCGGAAUGAGCUCAAAACCAACCUCUUCCUGGUGCAAGAAGAGCUGAAUUACUAUCAAAGGGAGAUUCUGAGCGAGGAAAGGUGUCCCGGGUUCCUCUUGGAAGCCGUGCGAGCUGCCAUUCAUAAAAGAAGAAAAGUCAUCAAAGCCAAGAUGCUUGGAAUUCCUCCCCCUGAUAGCAGCAGUGACGAGGAAGAAGACAAAGGCCCUGUGACAGAAGUGGACGGCACUGAAAAGCCAGCGGAGUCACGCAUCCGAAACCUCUUUGGCUUCCUGACGUGGUCGGGCAGUGGCCGGGGCCCCACCCACAUGAGCAACUCCACGUCCAGCUGGGAGAUCACACCCCCACCGCCCCCCGCCACCACCGUCACCCACCACCUGCAACUAUUUGAUCCCACUGCUUGUUCUAAUAGAUGA